AUGCUUGCUAUUCAGUCCAUGGAAGGCCCUCCUCGGCCUCUUCCUGGUCCUCCUCCUCCUCUUGUAGGCCCAGAGUCAACUGAAGUUCGCCAGCCAAAGCCCAAGACUCUUCCCUGCAAGUACUGUAGUAAACGAUUCAGACGUGUCGAGCAUGUGCAGCGUCAUGAGCGAACACAUACAAAAGAGAAGCCAUUUUCAUGUGGAUGGGAUCGCUGCGGAAAGACGUUCGGACGAAGGGAUCUUCUUGUUAGACACGAGAAGCUCGUGCAUCUCAACGAAGGUAGCAAAGACAACAGUCGACCCAGGAAGCUGUCGUCUAACACAUCUUCAACCUCACAUAAGAGCUCUAUCUCUGAAGGCCAAACAAAUACUGAGGCUAUCGGACACCAACAUACCAAUGUUUCACGGCCCCCGCCACCUCAGCAACCUCUGCCACAGCCUCAAGCUUAUCACCAUGGGCCACCUCCAGGCCCUCAACAAAACCCUCACGAUCACCGAGCACAGCCUCGAUCAGCAGCUUGUAAUCUUGAUCUAUUAUCCGACGCAGCCCUUGCGAGCUCAGUGACACCUGUUCAGAGAAAUGCUGCGCCAGCGCCUCUCCCACCACAUUCUCCAGAAUCCCGAAGAAAGAGUAGCUAUGGAGAAUCUAUCGUCGCCUACACGACAGAACGCCCACGAGAUGACCAACCUUUGGGAUCUGGCUAUGUACCUCAGCAACCACCUGGUUCUUACGACGAUUACAACCCAUUUCUUGACGAGUUUGCUUCUUCUUCUCACUUUCUACCCCCGAGCUUCGAAACCGAACAGCAAAUGAUGUACUCUCGAAGCCAAGGCGGGACCGCUCAACGACGCUUAUCGAAAUCUUCAUUUCUUCCGGGCCGUUUCCCGCCCAUGCAGACUGAAGCCCGAGAUCCUGCAGAUCCUGCCUCACGAGGCAUUGAUGAAGCAGCGCGGCAGUCCGCCCUUCGUAUCUCUGUGGCCGAUCAUACCGUGAUCAAGAACAGACUGGACGAAUUUUCUGCCGUUCUACCCAACGAUUUUGUGUUUCCUUCACGACAUACUUUGACACGAUUCUUGGAAGGCUAUAUCAGCGGGCUUCACGAGCAUCUGCCUUUCCUUCAUCUCCCGACUUUCUCACCUGCCGAAGCCGCGCCCGAGUUACUCCUUGCUAUUCUCGCUGUAGGAGCACAAUAUCGCUUUGAGAAGAAUAGAGGUUAUGCUCUAUGGUAUGCUGCUAAGGCUGUAGCCAUGGAACAGAUCCGUCGAAGGCGUAUUUCGGAGGUACAUGCACUAUUGCCGACUGCGGCUGCUUACAGUCCUCACUCGACACGCCCUUCACCAAGUGCCACAUAUCGUCACUCGUUUGCAUCCGCGCAGUCUGAGCGGCCAGCAACACAGGAUACUCACCGUGAGCCUUACUCUCCUAAUACGCCUCAAGCUCGGAUUGAGACUAUCCAAGCCGUUUUGCUUCUAUUCGCUAUCGGCCUCUGGGGCGUGCCAACUAUUCUCCAUGAAGCAUUAUCCUUGCAGAGCAAUCUCGCGAUCUUGAUUCGGGAAGAAGGCUUGGUUGCCGAGGUUAACCAAAGUGUGGUCAACGACUGGGAAACAUGGAUUCGACUCGAGACUGCGACACGGACCAAGCUUGUCGCCUACUGUUUUUUCAACCUCUGCAGCAUUGCGUACAACAUGCCACCAUUGCUUUUGACGUCUGAGUUGAAUCUGCUCUUGCCUCAAAGAGGCAAGCUCUGGAGGGCUGAGACAGCCUGGCAAUGGCAAGAAAUGCGACAGUCAACACCGAUAAUCGAGCUCACCUUACACGAUGCCUUUUCACGACUAUUCGGUCGGACAAACCAAGGCCUUCCGCAGCACCUGUCGUCCCUGGGAAGUUACGUUCUCAUCCACGCGCUUAUUCAACACAUUUACUUGCUGAAGCAAACGUCUUUUGCGACUGGUCUUCCAUACAAUAUUCACCGAACCAUGAAGCCUGAGGAUGUUGAGGAGGUUUCACAAGCAUUGCGUGUAUGGCAAACCAGCUUCGAGGAUCAGCAUCAGCUGAGGGCUGCGGAAUCUGGUCACUACAGCAUAUCGGAUUCAAUUGAGGGCGGAACUCUGGAUUACACGGCAACUGCCUUGUUGCGACAAGCGUACAUCCGACUCUACACAGAUGUGACCCCUUCGACCGCGCUCGAGACUCGGGAUCCGCUUUUGGUGGCGUCCGCCUUGAGUAGGACUCCCUUACUAGUACGAAGUCUAAGACUGCACAGAGCAGUGUUUCAAGCAAUCCAUGCCCUGUCUAUGCUAGUUAAGGCUGGUGUCAAUUAUGUAGCCAGGACCAAGUCCGCCGACUGGAGCAUUCAGCACUCAUUGUGCAAUUUUGAGUGUGCUAUACUGGUAUCCAAGUGGCUUUUGACAAUUGGAUCAAUUGGACCGCAUGAAGCGCCAGCUUCCCCCGAGGAAAAGAACCUGUUGGAUAUGGUGCGCCGGAUGCUUGAUGAAACUGAAUUUGCGGUUCCGCCAAUCGACCCAUCGCUUUCAGGACAGAACGAAGCGCCUUCAAGCGACAGCGCCAAGCUACGACAACUCGCAGUCGCGGUUGUGCGACUCUGGGCGGAGACUUUCAAGGGAACACAUAUCUUCGAGAUUGUCAAGGUCAUGGGCCAGAGUCUCGACGCAUAUGCGGAUUUGAUCGAGAAGCCAAGAGACAGAAGUCCUCAAGUACGACUAUUGGAGCCAAGCGUCAACUAA